AUGGACCAACCAAGACAACACUUCAAAGAGCUGAAAAAGAGGCAAUCAAGCCUUUUUGACAGCGUCAAACUCAACGACAGCUUCUCACGGACUGUAGAUAAAGAAGAGAGUGCCUUUCCUUUUUCACAGGAAAGUUCUGUGAAACUUUGGACUUCAAUGCAUGAUCUUCAUGGUCCCACACCUAAUGCAGAAGACUCAAAAGGUAACAGUAAGAAGAGAACCAACAGUAACAAAGAAACACCAACACUUCCACAGAGGCGUUCGAGCAUGAUAAAUCUUAAUGUAGGUGGUAAAGUCUUUAAACUUCCCAAGUACCUGGCUAUCAGAUAUCCAAACUCCAGAAUAGGCUCCUUAGCCUUGUCUAUGGAUCCUGUCAAUCAGCUGACACUCUGUGACGACUACUGUGUUAUCACUAAUGAGUUCUUCUUUGAUCGAGAUCCUUCCUUCUUCCACUACAUCUUCCAAUUUUAUUGCAGCAAUGUGCUGUGGGUCAUGGAGAGCCUGUGUCCUGUUGGUUUUGAGGAGGAGAUAGAGUUUUGGGGCCUCCACUUGAAAGACACACUUUGCUGUUGUCGCAUUCUCUAUGAGGAAAAGCUAGACGAAAUAAGAGACCAGCUGAAGGUAAGCAAAGAGCUGAUGGAGCAAAUUGAACCUAUUCACAAUGAGGAGGGCUUUAACAGCAUGUUUAUGGGGGGGUUUCGAAAGACUUUGUGGGACUUAAUGGAAAACCCUUACUCAUCAGUGGCCGCUAAGGUGUUCGCUGUGUUCUCCAGCCUAUUUGUCCUUAUCUCUAUCGUGGCCAUGACCCUCAACACCGUGAAUGAACUGAAGAAUUACCAAAUCUGUGGAAGGACAUACAUGGAAUGCAUUGAGAUCCUUUCAAUUCUCUUCUUUACCUUUGAGUACUUCCUUCGUCUGCUGACAACUUGUGAUGUGAAGCAUUUCUUGAAGAGUGCCCUGAACUUUGUAGACUUAGUAGCUGUCAUGCCUUAUUUCAUACAGCUGGUAUUUGAGGCUUUUGCUGACCAGGAAGAUCUCAGUGUUCAAGAUGAAUUGAAGACAAUGGAAAGAGUAAGCAAGGUCAGUAAAGUGCUAAAAAUAGUCAAACUGAUGCGAAUUUUUCGCAUUCUCAAAUUAGCAAGGCACUCAACAGGGAUGCGUGCGUUUGGUUUUACCCUUCGCCAGUGCUUCGAGCAGGUCUGUUGUCUAUUUCUGUUUAUCAUCAUGGGUGUCUUCACAUUUUCGGCUCUGAUGUAUUCUGUGGAGCAAGAUGUUCCGGGGUCCCCGUUCAGCAGCAUACCUGAUACAUGGUGGUGGGCUGCAGUAAGCAUCUCCACAGUGGGCUAUGGAGAUGUGGUGCCUAUGUCUUAUUCAGGCCGAGUGGUGGCAUUUGGCUGUAUUUCAUUUGGCAUCAUUCUAAAUGGAAUGCCAAUCUCCAUCCUCUUCAACAAGUUCUCUGACUACUAUUCCAGGCUGAAAGCCCAAGAGUACACACAAACCAAAGUCCAGCACAGCCUGCAGCUCAAGAAACGUUUUAGAAGAAAGCUUGAAGCCUUUUUUAACUCCCCAGUGGAGGACACAACAGAUGGCUUUAGUUACUGCCCUAACUAG